CUCUUCCUUCAAGAUAAGGAUACGGGGUGGUUGGUUGGUCAAUUGUCAGAAGACUGAUCGUACUCCUGCAGCAGAAGAGUCUGACUGCAGACAGGCAACCUGAGAAUGCAGAAGUACCUUGAAUAAGCAACACUAUUUCGACUUACUGAGUAGGUGAGGAUGGGGAGGAAGGAUGCAUGCGCUGCGAUGGCCCCGGUCGACCAGUACCGGAAACAGAUCGGUAAACAAGACUACAAGAAGACCAAGUCAGCUCUGAAGUUGACGAAGUUGAAGGCUGAGGCGAAGAAGAGUGCUCCUGGAAUAAGGGAUGCUUUCCUGGUCAUCUUAGCCAUCCUGGUGUUCAUGCUCUGUGUGUAUGCGUUCUUCUACCUCAACCUGAGCACUGAACUGGACAUGGACCUGGAUGUGGACUAAAGCAGGAGAGGACAACUUAACCUCGGGCUCGGGGUCUUGCUGGGCUGGGCUUGUCAGGCUCUGUCGGCAUGGCUCAUUGACUAUUGUCAGGCUCUGUCGGCAUGGCUCAUUGGCUAUUGUCAGGCUCUGUCGGCAUGGCUCAUUGGCUAUUGUCAGGCUCUGUCAACGUGGCUCAUUGGCUAUUGUCAGGCUCUGUCAACGUGGCUCAUUGGCUCAUCUGGAUGCAAAUUUGACUCAAGAUUUUCUUUUUUGUCUGAUUCUGUUUCAUUUUUUUCCUAAUUUCUGUUUUCUCCAUUUUUUUGUUUUUUGUCUUUUGUUCUCAAAAGCACACUUCUAUAGAACAUUCCAUUUCAGUCCAGAACGAUGCUUAAACCACGUCAGGAGACCACUUGAGGUCUGGGGAUCAUCUACCAAGAAGACUGUUGACAUUAGCAUCAUCUCUAACAGCUACACAGAGACAAAUGCGCGAACACAGACGGGGCAGUCCUGUUGCCUCUUCAGAAAUAUGAAUCACUGAUGCGUUUUUAUUUCAUGUCUUUAUAUUCAUGAAUAUUAAUGAUUGUUAUAAGCUCAAUAAAUUUUGUAAUCUUGUUGAA